AACAAGGGAAGAUUCCCUUUUUGACCUUGAUAAUGUAGGGCUGGAAGAGCACAAGUGAGUAUAAAAGUCGGCGUGAUCACGCCAGACAUCACCGUCAGUUCUUCUAGGCUCUUCCUCAAACAGUCCUCAACCUUAUAACCCAUUCAACAUGAAGGCCAUGUAUGUUGUUGUGCUCGCCUUCGCUGCUUUGGCUGCUGUCGAAGAGAUCAAGGGCGUGGCUGCUGAAGAACCUAAGAAGGCGGUGGUCGCUGUGGAAGAAUCUAAAGAAAUUCGCGAGGUGAAAGCCUUACCCGCUUUUGCUUUCGCCAUUCCUUACGGUUUCGGCUACGCUGCUUCUGCUCCUUACGGUUAUGGCUACCAUUCUCCUACUCCUCACGCUUACGGCUACGCUCCUGCUUCUUUCGAUGCCACAUCUGCCAAGUUCGCAGCUACUCCUUUCGCCUUUGGUGCCGCUCCUGCUAAGUUUGCGGCCUCACCUUAUGGUAAUGCGUACGCCGCUGCUCCGUACACUUAUGGUUACGCUGCCCUUCCUUACGGCUACGCUGCGCCAGCCGCUUCCAGCACAGCCAAAUUGGCCGCUCAAGUUUACGCUCCUUACGGUGCCGCGAAACAAUACGCCACCUAUCCGUAUUCUGCCUAUCACAGCCCUGCCUUUCCCUACAGCUACGGAUACGCGGCUAGCCCUUACAACUUCAAGUUUGAUGGCGCUAAGGAUGGCGCUGCAACUUACCAACCAGAGAACUUUCCAUAUGCCUUCCCUGCUUACGCAAAUGCUGGAUUUCCAUUCGCUCUUAAGGAAUAAAUGAUGAUCUGGGAGCCAUUUAUAUAAUAUCCGCUUGCUUAGGUAUCCGACCAAUUUCAACAAAGCUGAGGGAACGAUUUCUUAGGGGACUAGCAGAACGCAUCUCAAAACAAUGGACGCCUUUAUCCAAUCAUCUAAAAUAUUACGAAAAGAACUUACAGUAUAUUAUGAUUUUUUUUUUAUUUUCGUGGGUUGAACUUAAACUGAAAAUUGUCAAUGGAAUACAAACAUAAUUGUCUGCACAGA